GUCGCUGACGAGACAAAUGUCAAUGGCAGCGAUUUUGUCCCACUCAGGCUUCCGUAGUUUCAGGAAGCGGUCCGUCGUCGUUGCGAGACCUUUCACUGGUCUCGUCUUUGUGUCAUUUAUUAAGUGAAUUGAGGGCUUUUUGCAGAGGUUGUGAUGGGUGACAUUCGUCAGUCAUUGCUCCCUCGGGAUGUUCUCAGUGCAGCCAAGGAGCUGCUGUAUCACCUGGACAUUUACAUCUGUAACCUGGUGCAGUCCGGGAGGCAGCCUCCACAGGUCGACUCUAAAACCCUGGAGCUGGUCGAGGAGUUCAUUCUGCAUGCACCCAAGGACAGAAACACCUCAGCCAGGAGGAUGAGUGCUCUCCAGGAGCUCCAGCUGUUGGAGAUCAUGUGCAGCUGUUUCCAGGAGCAGAGCCGCGACACUGUUCGUCAGCUUAUGUUCUCUGCUCUCUUCAAUCUGCAAGGCAACCAGGCAGAUGAGAGUCGCAUGGCACUGUUAGGCAAGCUGGUUUCCAUGGCAAUCGCUGUGGGCAGAGUUCCUAUCUUGGAAUGUGCUGCUAACUGGUUACAGAGAACCCAUCGUGUGUACUGCGUACGCCUGGCACAGGUGCUGGUAGAUGAUUACUGUAGUAUGGUACCAGGCUCUGUGCCCACCCUGCAGAAUAUCCACAGCGCCAGUCCACGCUUCUGCUGCCAGUUUAUCACUGCUGUCACCACCCUCUACGACCUCACCUCAGAGGAGCUCACCCCUCCACUAGAGCUGCUCCAGAUGAUUGUCUCGUGGAUCCAAGAUGACCCUCGUCUAGUCCUGAUCACCUUCCUGAACACCCCCCUCUCUGGCAGCCAGCCAAUCAGCUCCCUUGAUGUCACACCGUUAGGGGGGUUAGUACGCUGGUGCAUCAAAGCACCGCUGGCCUACAGGAAAGACAAGAAGCAGGCACUGACCAACGGAAGCUCUGAGAGUGAGCCAGAAGCAGGACCUCUCUUCUCUGCUCUCCAUUUAAGUGUUCUGCAGGUUUUCAUGCUUUUGCCCAACAUACUCAAUGAGAAGGGGCUUUACGGUCGCCUGGCGCUGCUUCAGAUGGAGUCUUUGGCCGCUCUGACCUCCGAUCUUUCCCGAUUGUUGGACCAGGCUGACAAACACACACACACAUCAUCUGCUGAUACACAUGUAUUGCCCCAGCUGGCCCUCGACCGGCUGGCACAGGCUCUGCAGGUGGCCAUGGCCAGUGGAGCCCUACUCUGCUCAAGAGAGGACCUGAGAGCCAUCUGUUCCCGCCUCCCCCACAACAAUUUGCUCCAGUUGGUGUUGUCCGGCCCGGUGAUGUACUACAACAACAUACACACCCCUCCGCUGGCCUUCAGCCCGCACGCCGCCCACUCGCCCAUUGCGUCACACCCCACGCUCCCCACACAUCCCACACAUCCCACGCUCCCCACACAUCCCACACUCCCUACACAUCCCACGCUCCCCACACAUCCCACGCUCCCCACACACACCCCACACACCCCUCUGGCCGCCCAUCCCUCCUCUCACCCUCAGUACUCCACUCAGCCUUUCAUGACAGGGAUGCCGUUCCCCUUCCGGCCCACCCACUAAAAAAAAAAAAAGAAACGAAAAAUCUGCUCCAGUUGUCUGCAGAUUUGAAGCUGUGUGUGGAUGUUGUGUACUGAGUGCUGUUGUGUGUUUGUUGGUGUGCAUGAAUUAAUAUGUGCGACUGAUUUAUUAUGUGUUAUGACAUUAGCACAUUUGCUUCUGAGAAAGUCUGUGUGGCUCAUGUUUAUCCAAUAAAUAUUUUUUUACUUCA